AUGGUGAGAGCUCCAUGCUGUGAAAAGAUGGGAUUGAAGAAAGGUCCAUGGACUGCUGAAGAAGAUCAGAUUCUCAUCAAUUACAUUCAUCUUUACGGCCAUGGGAACUGGCGUGCACUUCCUAAACAAGCUGGUUUACUGAGGUGUGGAAAGAGCUGCAGGCUCCGAUGGAUAAAUUACUUGAGGCCUGACAUUAAACGAGGAAAUUUCAGCAGAGAAGAAGAGGAUACCAUCAUCAAAUUGCAUGAGAUGUUAGGAAAUAGAUGGUCUGCAAUUGCAGCAAAAUUACCGGGACGCACGGACAACGAAAUUAAAAAUGUGUGGCACACCCACUUGAAAAAAAGACUCAAGCAAAAUCAUGUCACCCCAGAAAUCAGGGGAAGAGCCGUGGAUAUAUCUAGAUUUAAUCAAGGAUUAAAGACAGAUUCAGAAUUAGUGAAUUCAUCAAAUCUUGCAGCAGGAUCCGAUCAGACCGAGGAACAAAGACCGAUUUCACCACAGCAAUAUUCAAGUGAUAUCUCCUCUGUAACCACAGGUGAUGAUACCAAUAAUAACCUGUGCAUGAAGGUGGAGUCAUCGGAUGAUUUCACCGAAAUAGAUGAGAAUUUUUGGUCAGAAGUAUUGUCUGCUGAUCAUUCAAGCAUGACGAGUGAUUAUUCGGCCAUUGGCACCGAGCUACAAAUUCAAUAUCCAUUUUCUCCACUAAGAAUUGAUGUGGAACCGGUCCAUGCCACUAAUUCAAACAUGUAUGACAGCAUGGACUUUUGGCACAACCUCUUCACAAGAGCAGGAGAAUUGCCGAUUGGAUUUCCGAAUCGAGUAAGCCCAAACCGCCUUAACAGAAUUGAUCUAUACAAAAACGUCAUCGUUCGGCGAGAGAGGCCGGGCAAUGUCACAUCAAGGUAUGCCUGCGUUGUUGAAAGAUAUGAAGCUCAAGAUGCAGCUUGUACGAAGCACCUGAGGGAACAAAAGCUAAGAAAAUUGGAGGGAAAAAAUGGUGAGGAAAAUGAUGAAGAUGGUUUAAGGGUAGCGAAGCGAAGGUUGAUGAGAGAGAAAAUGGACUUUGCAAAGGUUGAGAAGCGUGUGCGAACAGCAGGGGGUGGGAGCACAGGACCUGUUCGGGAUUUGCGUCUUGAGGAUACAGUAAAAUAUCUUUUAAAUCUUGAUGUUCACUGUGCCCAUGCACUAUGA